AUGGGGGCCCCACUCGCCUUCGCGCUGCGUCUCCUCUGGUUCGCCGCCUGCGCCAACAGCCUUCCAAUCAACAAUCCCAGCAACAAUUUAGCUGUUCGGGCGGAGGCCAAGAGCGACAAAGAAGGCUUGUCAGACGAAGCGAUCAUUGGGAUCGCUGCCAUCUCGGUUUCCGUCCUUCUUUCCGUCCUUGCUCUCGUUCUGUCUGCACUGCGCAAGCGCAUUCUCGGCUGCUGCACCGCAGGCAAACAUCGAACACUGUUGAAUCGGCGUCGACGAAGACACAUACUACGACUGAGACAGUCUUGUGAACACCUUUUGUGUGAAUAUGAAUACAAAACGCGUCCAACGUCCACAGGGACCAAAGAGCCGUAUAUUGUACAUAGAGAUGGCGGAGCUGGAGGUGGGAUCAGUUACGGUCAACCGUCAUCAUGGAAGGACAAGCCUCUGCCGCCUCUUCCUCCUGAGGGAGUAAAAGAGUCUAACUUGAAGGCACUGCCUCCUCUUCCUUUCGAGAAAGACGCGCGGUCUUCUGCAAAGCCGACGUUAUCUAAGUUUCGAGAGAUGGACUGCGACGUUAUGACUGAGACUGUCGAGAGUGGGUCUCAAUUCUCAGGUGAGACUAAGAAGGAUGAGAAUUACUUCAGCUCUCUUAUCGUGAAAAUGUGCUCAUACUAUCUGUUCGCCUACGCCCACGUGGGCACUACUACACAAAGUGCACCGACUCAACUCAACCUGCUGCGCAAGAACACAAUGUCUUCUUCAACCACUUCCCUUCUGCAGCCUGUCGCUGCGGAAAGGCCACGAACAGUCUCGUUCGGCAACACGCCCACACCUGAGCGCCCUCUCAACUCACGCAAGUCGACUAUGACCACAGCCACCACCUCCUCGAAGACCUCUGAGUCUCACUGCCCCCAAUGCGACGACUCGACCUCCAAGCCUCUGAAUAAGAUGAAGUCGAUGUCCGAUUUGGAUAAAGAGAACGAAGCACGCAUCGCGAAGUCACACAAGGGGAAGGUGACGAAGGGUGUUGUCGGCAUGAUGAAGAAGAUCAAGGGUGCUUGGGCGAAGAAGGCGUAA